CUUGAUACAAUUAUUAGGAUAGUUUCUAUCUUUUAGAAGUUCAAGAGACAUACAUAAAAUUCCUUGAAAAGGAAGUACGGUAUUUGUUGAGUCUUUAUAGGUCGCCUCAACAAUCAGCAAUUCUUCUUGGAGUACACUUCUUGGUUUUUCUUCUUCUUCACGUUUUCGAUCAAAGUUCGAGUCUUGCCAUGGCAAAGAGUUCAUUCCAGCUUGAUCAUCCUUUGGAGAGGAGGCAGGCAGAAUCUAGCCGUAUUCGGGAGAAGUAUCCUGAUAGAAUCCCAGUGAUUGUUGAGAAAGCAGAAAGGAGUGACAUUCCUGAAAUUGAUAAGAAAAAAUACCUUGUCCCAGCUGACCUGACCGUUGGGCAGUUUGUGUAUGUGGUCCGAAAGAGGAUCAAGCUUGGUGCUGAGAAGGCUAUAUUUGUAUUUGUCAAGAACAUGCUUCCACCAACUGCUGCUAUGAUGUCUGGAAUUUAUGAGGAGAACAAGGAUGAAGAUGGAUUCCUUUACAUGACUUAUAGUGGGGAGAACACCUUUGGGGGUGGGCGCAUUUAGUCUGAAAGUCCAAACAUGUAAAAAAUCUUAAAUUUGUACAUUCUUUGAUUUUACUAUGCUAGACAAAGGCAAACAAAUUUCACCACAUGGUCAUUAUUAAUCACACCUUCAAUGAAAACGCCUUGAUAUUCUCAACUUCUCAAAAGUUGCAUUUUUGUUGAAAAGAUGAACCGUUCU